GGGGAGGGGCGGGCCCACGAACACGCAGCCGCACGGUCCGCUGGUUCAAGUGAGGAUAGGAACCGUCCUGAGCUGAACUCAUCGUUACAAAUAGGAGCUGCGUCUCUCCAACUGGAGCAGAGCAGCAGCGCGGCGGCGAACCGGACCCACGCAGAGAAAACGGACCGAACCCAGGUGGCACUGCAGCUCCGUCCGACCCGAAGCAGCCAGCGAUGUUCGAGGACGGGUCCCAGCAGGAAGCGCUGGAUUCUCCUGCAGAAGGAGAGAUGCUGGCGGACGAGGCCGCGUCCAUCCGGACCUCCAGCAGCCUCGUGGCCCGCUCCCUGCUGGGCCGCAGCUCGCCCAUCAAGCGCAAGGACAGCCCCACGUCCGCCGGGCGCCGGAAGCGCGAGUUCACCCCCCACGACAAGAAGGACGAGGGCUACUGGGACAAGAGGAGGAAGAACAACGAGGCGGCCAAGCGCUCGCGGGAGAAGCGGCGCGUCAACGACAUGGUGCUGGAGGGCCGGGUUCUGGCUCUGCUGGAGGAGAACGCUCGGCUCAGGGCUGAGCUGCUGGCUCUGAGGUUCCGCUUCGGGCUGGUCCAGGACCCGUCCAAUGCCCCCAUCCUGCCCCUCACCUCCGCUCCUCCAUGUCACCUCCACAGGGACGACAGGGGCCCCGCAUCCGAGGACUCCGGCUUCUCCACCCCAGGGGGCUCCAGCGUGGGCAGCCCUGUGUUCUUUGAAGACCGCCUGAGCGACCCGGGCAGGUUCUCCCCUCACAGGCCGGAGGAGCUGGGCUACGACCCGCACCACCCGCCGGACCAGGCGGAGGCCAUGAAGAACCUUCCUCACAAGCUGCGAUUCAAGUCGCCUGGCGGCGGGGACGGGGGGGGCGCCUCCAGAGCGCUGAGCUCCGCUGAGGCAGGAGCAGGGCCCUGGAGGCAGCAGGGGGAGGGGGAGGGGGAGGGGGAGGGGGGGGCCCGCAGCACCCCCCCACAGGACACUUACCUCAAGUCCCAGCUGCACUCUCUGAGCGAGGAGGUGGCGCAGCUCAAGAAGCUUUUCACAGAGCAGCUCAUGGCCAAAGCCAAAUGAGGACCAGCGCCGCUGGAGGGGCGGGGCCUCCAGUUCUGCUGGGUGUCGUGUGCGUCAGCACAAAGUGGAAGCGCUUACAUGUCAUCAUUACUUAGUUGAACUGGGCCUCACUCCUGAGUGGUUCUGGCAGGGACCCGAGCACAGCUGCCAGAACCGCUUAAUGUGUGUGAAACCCAGUGACGUCAGGACGAAUGUGCACAGGUCCGGUCCAGAUGUUCUCUGUACCCGAGUAUAUAAUGUCAGCUGUUUGUGUUUCAUAAUAAAAUAGUGUCAAAGAAAA